CCAGUUGCCAGCCAUCAUGCAGCGUAACGUACAGACAAUCAGGCGCAUGAAUGUGCUCCGACGUAUCCUGGCCCAUCAGCAACCGACGUUAGCGGAAAGUACCGGUGUAUCGUGGAACCGGAACUUCGCAACCAACAGUACCAGAACCGGUGGUACCAUCCAGAUAGACGACGUGGAGAAAGAAAUAGACGUUCCACUGCGUCCCGAACUGGUCCCGAACGGGUAUGUCAGCAUCAGCGAAACCGGUGAGGCAGCACUGUCUCAAACGCGCCUACACCAUCUACGUUGGAUGUUGCAGAAGGAUAAGCUGGGUCAGGAUAUACUGCUGCUCGGGCGGCCCGGCGGUUUGAGGCGCCGGAUCGUGAUGCAGUAUUCGGAGCUAACGCGCCGCGAGGUCGAGUACAUACUGCUCAACCGUGACACGACCGAGAGCGAUCUUAAGCAGCGGCGGGAAAUACUGGAUGGUACUGCUUCCUACCAUAAUCAGAGUGCGGUACGGGCCGCCAUCGAGGGCCGUAUACUGCUGAUCGAGGGGGUGGAAAAAACCGAACGGAAUGUUUUGCCGAUUUUGAACAAUCUGCUGGAAAAUCGUGAAAUGCAUCUGGAGGAUGGAAGGUUUUUGAUAGCGGCCAAAAAUUACGAUGCGUUGCUGGAGCGCUUCAGUCGUGACCAGCUCGACAAAUGGGGUUUGGUGCGUGUGUCGGAAAAGUUUCGCGUCAUUGCACUAGGCCUGCCCGUACCUCGGUACCGUGGUUCCCCGCUCGAUCCACCGCUCCGUUCUCGCUUUCAAGCACGUGAUAUUCCCGAACUACCGUACGUAGAGGUACUGACCGAAGCGAAAGCACUAGCCGGUCCACUAGAACGUCCAGAAGUGCUAACCAAGCUCGUAUCGUUCGCAUACGGCAUCCAAUCCGCAUCGGCCCUGUUGCCCGAUUUUCCGAUCGAUAAUCUACGCUACGCUGGACUGCUUUUGCGCAACAAUGGCACACUGACCGAGCAAGAGCUGUUGCGACGAUUCUAUCCAUACCCGGUGUUUCUUGCGAAGGAAGGCAGCUCGUACGUGACUGGGUUGAUGGAAUCGCUAAAGUUUUCGGGUGCAAAUGAUGCCGUGCAUGGGGCGGAAAUUUUGGAAGUUAGCAAACGGGACAAUGGGCUACUCACCGUACGAUUGAGCUCGUCAAGCAAGAUUGCGGAAUUUCAACUUGCACAAGGAACCGCUAGCCCGCUGGAAGACAAACGUCAACCAUUCAUACCAACGUCAUAUCAGAAUGGGCUGCUCGCGGAACUGGCACAAACCAUUGCCGUUGGUGACGUUUGUCUCGUUGGUCCUAAAGGAUGCGGGAAAUCGAUUCUGGCCGAACAAUUGUGCCGGUUGCUGAACAACCAACACAUGGAGGCGAUGGUACUGUACCAGGACAUGACGGCACGUGAUCUGCUGCAGAAGCGUACAACGCGCCUGAAUGGUGACACUGUGUGGCAGGAUUCGCCACUAUUGAUGGCUGCCCUUGCAGGGCAUGCGAUCGUACUUGAUGGUGUGCAUCGGUUGCAUCACAGCACGCUCGGUAUACUGCACCGACUGGUGCACGAUCGCGAACUCCAGCUGUACGAUGGUAGACGUCUGCUGUCACACGACCGCUACGAUCGCUUGCAAGCUGCCCAACCCGACCAAGACCUAAAGACACGCGGGAUGCUACGCAUCCAUCCUGGUUUUCGCAUUAUCGCACUGGCAGAACCGGCCCAAAGUGUUGGUGUGGAUGGUACCGGGGUACCUGCCCGGGGCGGUCCAUCCGGUGCGUGGAUCAGUGCGGAAACGCUCAGUUUGUUCCUUUUCCACGAGGUGCGUGGUUUAAGCGAGCGAGAGGAACGUCACGUGUUGGACACACUGUACGGCCCGAUAAGCGACACGAUGGAGCAGAUACUGCGCGUUGCCCACCAUCUCCGCACAUCUUCCGAUCCGGUACAGCAGACGCUUGCUGGGAAUCUUUCGACCCGGCAGCUUUUGCGCAUCGCCCGCCGGUUGCAUCAGUACGGGGAGGAUCGAAAUGCGGCCGAUUUGCUGCACGCCACAUUCCUGAGCAAGUUUAUGCCUAGCUUGCCACGCAACGUGCUCGAUACAGCGAUGCGACGCUGUCUACCAAACUAUACGGGACCUAGCAAUGAGGAGGCGAAUAAUAGCAAGAAUCCAAUUACGGUGGAGCAAACGGAUGAGACGGUACGAAUUGGACGUACAAGUGUGCCACGGUAUCGCACGGAAGCGAUCAGCAAGAUACCGGACAUAGUGUUCUACGAUGUACCGCAACAUCUGCGGCUUAUGGAGCGUCUUCUGCAGGACUUUUUGCUCGGUGAGCAUCUCUUGCUGGUGGGAAAUCAGGGUGUGGGCAAGAACAAGAUCGUGGAUCGCUUGCUACAGCUUAUGGGACGUCCAAGAGAGUAUAUACAGUUGCACCGUGACACUACGGUGCAGUCGCUAACCCUACAGGCCACAGUUCGGGAUGGACGGAUCGAGUACGAAGACUCACCGUUGGUGAAAGCGGUACGGUACGGUCACGUGCUGGUGGUGGACGAAGCCGACAAAGCACCCGUCCACGUGACCUGCAUCCUGAAGACGCUCGUCGAAAAUGGUGAGAUGCUGCUGUCCGAUGGGCGUAAGAUUUGUCCACCAAGUACAUCCACCGAUACAAAAAUGGCGGAUGGCUUCCUACCCACCCAUCCCGACUUCCGGAUGAUUGUACUAGCAAACCGACCCGGAUUUCCCUUCCUUGGCAAUGAUUUCUUUGCCGCGUUAGGUGAUUUGUUUGCCUGCCACGCAGUAGACAAUCCGUUGCCCGAGUCGGAACUGUUUUUGCUGCAACAGUACGGUCCAUCGGUACCGGUUGCUACGAUACGUCGGUUGGUGGAUGCGUUUGCGGAGCUGCGCGAAAUGGCCGACGCCGGUACACUGCACUACCCUUACUCGACGCGCGAAGUCGUGGCGAUAGUGCGCCAUUUGGAGCGCUUCCCAGCUGACGCACUGGCGGAAGUGAUUGGUAAUGUGCUGGAUUACGAUCGGUAUGCGCCGGAAACGUUGGACCAAGUGACGGCGGUUCUGCUGCGCCACGGGUUACCGAUCGGAGAGUAUGCGGAGGGUUGUGAAGCGAUUGCAGCGAUGCGACGCCAGCGCGAACUUCAGCUAACGGUACGUAGCCACAGUGGGAAGGACGUGGCAGGACCGAAGCACGGUAAGGUUGAUCCCAAUAAUGAUCCGCACGUGGGUGGCAACACGUGGGCAGGUGGCACUGGAGGGCGGGAUACGGCUGGUCUCGGUGGGAAGGGUGGACCGUACCGAUUGGACGCCGGGCACAAGGUACAUCAGCUGUCCGACGCAGAAAAGGACGACAUACCGGAAGAGGUAAAGCAGGCGGCACGCGAAAUGAACCGUAAAGCGUUUGAGGAGAAGCUGCGUGAAAUUCAGAUGAGCCCGUACGAGCACAAGGUGUACGAACAGUAUGCGGAGCCGGUUCGCCGGCAGGUACAACAGCUGCGGAUCACGUUGCAGGCGUUACAAGCGCGGGCCCGUGAGCGUCAGUGGCAGCGACACCGGAGCGCAGGCGAACUGGACGACACGAAGCUGGUCGAGGGUUUGACGGGCGAGAGGGCGAUCUACAAGCAGCGGGCAGAGCAAGAUCCGGAACCGGGUCAACCCCAAGAGAAACCAAAGCGCUUGAAGCUGGUGGUGGACGUGUCUGGGUCGAUGUAUCGCUUCAACGGUUACGAUGGGCGGCUGGACCGUGAGCUAGAAGCGACCGUAAUGGUAAUGGAAGCGUUCGAUGGAUUCGAGGGCAAAAUCCGGUACGAUAUCGUUGGCCACAGUGGGGAAGCGGUUGCCGUCCCGUUCGUCAACGAAAACAACCCACCGAAGGACGCGAAACGACGGCUAGAAACGAUCAAGAUGAUGCAUGCGCACUCGCAGUUCUGUUGGAGCGGUGACCAUACGCUUGCCGCGACCGAGCAGGCAGUAGACGAGCUGGCCAAAGAGGACUGUGACGAAGCGAUCGUGAUCGUGCUGAGCGAUGCCAAUCUGGCCCGGUACGGUAUUACGCCCCGGAAGCUAAAUACGGCGCUUGCCCGCCAAUCGCCGAGGGUGCAGGCGUACGUCAUCUUCAUUGGUAGUUUAGACGAUGAGGCGAAAGUGGUGGCGGAAAAUAUGACCGCUGGUAAAGCGUUUGUGUGCAUGGAUCUGGACCAGUUGCCGCAGAUAAUGCGACAGAUCUUUGCUGCUUCGUUGUUGCAAUAG